GGGGGACUUUACUUUGAAGGGUCUAACCGGAAGCAGAUGUGAGUGACGUUAGGUGGAAAAAUGCUCGUAUCUGGACAGAAGCUGAAUCAUGUCUGCGCUGCUGCUGUUCCUGCUCGGACUGCUCCCCCUGGUUCUGUUCGUGAUCCGCGGCAGGAAGAGGAGACACGGGGAACCUCCGCUAAUCAAAGGCUGGAUCCCCUACGUGGGAAAGGCUCUGGAGUUCAGCAGAGAUGCUCAUCGGUUCCUGGAAGGACUGCAGGAGACACAUGGAGACGUGUUCACAGUGCACAUCGCAGGUAAAUACAUGACCUUCAUCCUGGACCCACUCGUCUACCCCAACGUCAUCAAGCAGAGCCGCCAGCUCGACUUCCACGAGUUCUCCAACAAGGUGUCGCCCGUCACCUUCGGCUACCCGCCCGUGGACCACAGGUUCCCCGGGCUGAAGGAGGACAUCUCGCGCACCUUCAAGCUCCUUCAGGGAGACAGCCUGACGCCGCUGACAGAGAGCAUGAUGGGUAACCUGAUGAUGGUGCUCCGCCAGGACCACCUGGAGGAGGGCGGCGGCUGGAGGAGCUGCAGCAUGUUCCAGUUCUGCUACGCCAUCAUGUUCGAGGCCACGUUCCUCACCAUGUACGGCGGGCCGGCGCCGGGCCAGCGCCACAGCGGCAUGGACCAGCUGAGGGAGAACUUCAUCAAGUUUGACAACAUGUUUCCCCUCCUCAUCGCCCAGAUCCCCAUCUGGCUGCUGGGACGGACCAGCGCCAACCGAGAGAUGCUCCUCAACUACCUGCUGCCCAAGAAGCUGUCGCAUUGGACCAACACGUCCCAGUUCAUCAAGAGGCGCUCGGAGCUGUUCGACCGCUACGACUCGCUGAGGGACAUCGAUAAGGCAGCUCAUCACUUUGCCGUCCUCUGGGCGUCUGCGGGCAACACCACGCCCGCCACCUUCUGGGCCAUGUACUACCUGGUGAGUCACCCUGAGGCUCUGCAGGUCGUCCGCCAGGAGCUGCACGACGUCCUGAAGCUCAGCGGCGUGGAGUUCAGCGGCAGCGAGGACGUGGCGCUCAGCAGAGAGCAGCUGGACAGGCUGCUGUGUCUGGGUACGGGCUCUCACGCUAACAAACGUGGCUUUGGUGGACUGCAUGUGACCACAGAGCGGCCUCUCCCCACAGAGAGCUCCAUCAACGAGAGCCUGCGCCUGUGCUCCUCCUCCAUGAACAUCCGCGUGGCUCAGGAGGACUUCAGUCUGCGUCUGGACGCCGAGCGCUCGGUGGACGUCAGGAAAGGAGACGUCGUCACUCUGUACCCGAAGAGGAUGCACCUGGACCCCGACAUCUACCCGGACCCGGAGACGUUCCGCUUCGAUCGCUACAUGCAGGACGGUGCGGAGAAGACGGACUUCUACAAGGACGGCCAGAAGCUCAAGUAUUACCUCAUGCCGUUCGGCUCUGGCUCCACCAUGUGUCCUGGACGGUACUUCGCCCUCAAUGAGAUCAAGCAGUUCCUGAGCCUCCUGCUGCUCUACUUCGACCUGGAGCUGGAGGAGGGCCAGGCCAGGGCCACCCUGGACCCGGGCAGAGCCGGGCUGGGAAUCCUGCUGCCGGCCGCGGACGUCCGCUUCCGCUACAGGAUGAGGAGGGUUUAAGUGCCUUCACCCUGAUGUCAGACUGAUAAUGGCUUUCUGAAAUAAUUCACCGUCCCAGUGUCUCGGUUCUGUUCUGCCUCCCUGUUACUCUGAUGGCCUCUGUUCUCUCUGACCUUCACUCUUUGAGUCUAGGAUUGGACCCACUCAGCUUCUGAUGUCUCAUUUAGCUAACCGCUAACAGCAGGCUAGCUGUUGUUGUUUCCAUGGUAACCUGUAUCUGCAGACACAGCCACAACCAUAUGGGUAUGUCUACCACACGGCGACGCUAGUGUGACGUGACAGCAUAACACGGCCCGGUCCAUCAGAUCUGGACCGGGCCGUGUUAGUCUGCCUCCAGCCUGAUGUGUUGGAUUGUUUGGUCACAGCUCAUCGUGUGGUCACAUCUCUCAUCGGAUGAACCACUAACAACCAUGUGGGAUGUUGGUGGGAAAAGGUCAUAGGAUCGUGUCCUGGUUAAGACACAAACCAAACUGUGAGGGAUGGAGUUGAUGGUCUGGAACAGAGCUUCUGUGAAUUUGUAACACAAUCAGAAUAAAGUCACGUGUGUAACAUGUGGA